AUGUCUCCUGCACGAUUCACGAACAAGCUUGCGGGCCAACGUGUUCUUCUGGUCGGAGGCACUGGCGGUGUCGGAAUCAGCGUUGCGCAGGCCCUGGUCGAAUUUGGAGCAACAAUCAUCCUCUCUUCAUCCCGAGCCUCCAAGGUCAAGGACGUAUGCGCCCAGCUUGUCAGGGACUACCCAGACGCCAAAGACCGCAUCUACGGAUUCGCCUGUGACCUAGCCAGCCCCAACGUCGAGGCCAAUAUCGAGGCUCUGUUCGAGGAGGUCGGCAAUGUUGACCAUAUUGUGUACAUGGCUGGAGAUCGACUGCCCAUGAUUCCGCUCGACGAGGUUACGCUGGAGAAGUGGCAAAAGUGUAACCAAGUUCGAACCAUUGCUGCGAUCCUGGUUGUCAAAAUCGGAACACGGUACAUGAAGAAGGAUCGGCACUCUUCCGUCGUCUUGACCGGCGGUUCUAUAUCUGAAAAGCCAAUCGCUGGAGGAUGGUCCAUGCUAGCACUCAUUGGGGCCGGGCUGAAUGGUCUAGCACGACAGUUGGCUUUCGAUCUGGCGCCCAUCCGCGUCAACUGUGUCGCUCCAGGGGUCAUCGAGACAGAUCUUUGGCAGGGCAUGGGUGAGGAGGGCAAAAAGGCAUUCUUUGCGACCCUCGAGAGCAGGUUACCCACUGCGAAAGUCGGACAACCCGUAGACCUCGCCGAAGCAUACUUGUACUGCUUGAAAGAUGCCAACGCGACAGGGAUCGUGAUCCAUUCCAAUAGCGGGACAUUCUUGGUGUGA